GCGCGCCGAACUACGUGCGGCGGGUAGGCGCCGCCUGCGCGCAAAUCGGAGCGUAAAGUGCGAAGCGCCUGGGCAUUUAAAAAUGGCGAGGCCCUCGGUAUUGUUUUGCGUUAUCAGCGCGGCGAGAUUAAAGAGCGUCACGGGGCGCACACGUUCGCUGAUGUAAGCACCGUCAUCUCUCCGUGUUCGCCGCCUCGUCAGAGGAGGAAAGGAGUCAUGGUCAACCCCGUUGUCGUUUGCGUUCUGUCGCUGGCCGUCGUGAGCCUGGGGAUCGUUAUGGACUGGACCUGCAUCCAGUGCUGUUGCCUCUACAUCGUAUUAACUUGCUCCUGUUUGCUCGUCGGCCCGUUAAUCAUGAUACUGAUCAACAUAGCCCUGUCGCCCAAGCACCAGACCGGCUCUGGCGCGGCUAAAACUGUCGCGGAGGUGGACGCCUUCCAUAAUAUGUUGAUGAAGGGAUACGAGCCUAAGUCGGCCAGCGCCAGGAAGCACGCGCGUUACCCCGUCGUUUUCACUCGCCUGGUGGACGGCGCUCUGCAGAAUCUCCUAGAUCUGGUCUUUCAAGACUUCGUCGGCUUCUGGCUGAACGAUCUGGCCUUCGGCUCGGAGCAGUUGAUAGACAGCAUGAAGCAGGACGUGUGGGGCGCGAUACAGAGCCUGCACGACCGCCUGUCGCGCGUCGACCACACUAAAUUGGUGGUCUGCAAUAUAGUGAACAAGCUGACCUUCCACUUCGAAAAGAUCAGGAUAGCCCAGGCGGCUUCGUCAGAGGGGGAGGACCCUGUAUUUAUUUUGUCGGCGCAUCUGAUGUCGCCGGUCGCCGAGCUGGAGUAUCUGAGGAAGAUCAGCGAACUUUACAUCCUGUUUUUGUUGCCGCGCAGUUACUCCCUCUCUCCGGUCAAGUUUCUCCUGAGGGAAGUCCUCACGUGCAAAAUCCUGAAGCCGGCGAUAGACUUGAUCACGGAUCCCGAUUACAUCAAUCAGAAGAUCCUGACGUACAUUGAUCAGCAGCAGCUUGCCGAGGCGAUGCACAGGAAAACGUACGAGUACGCGGAAUCGUUCGAGGACUUUAUCCGCAUGAUCAAGGGCACCAGGGAUCUGGAAGUUCUCAAGCAUAUCAGAUAUAAUAUCGUUACCGAGAUUAUGCAAGCCACCACGGUGCAAAACGUGAAACGGGCCCAAGGUUUGGACCCGGAAAAUAACGCGCUCGGGAACUCGGAUGCGAUCCGAGCGAGAAAACUGAAGAGGUACAUCAGCCAGUUGACGUACGCUAAGAACACGUGCGAGUGUCACAUGCAGACGCUUGGGUGGGACGGAUAUCCUCGUCAGGAUAUGGAGAUCUGCGACGCCGCGGAGGUCGCGGAAGGCAGGAUACUCCCGUUGCAAGCGAUUCUGGACAACGUGACCGGCCGACGACAUCUGUCUCAGUUUCUGGAACAGGUCGCCAGUCAGGGAUUGAUCGGUUACUGGGCGGCGGUGCAAGAAUUACGCGCCGCAGAACGGUCCAGUUGGCAUCAACUGGGAGCCGAGAUCUUUUACACUUACAUCAGAUCGCCCACCGCCGAGAUCAAGGUGGAUAAAAACGUGCGAAAGCGGAUGGAGGCCUUUCUCUUGGGCGACACGGGACCCAGUGUCUUUUACGAGGUCCAAGAUAACGUUGUCAAGACGCUUCAGGACAAGUAUUAUCCGUCGUUCCUCGUUAGCGAGCAAUAUAAAAGCAUGCAGGAGGCACUGCUCAAUGAAAGAGCCGAAGGUUUGGUUGAAGACCGCGAGAUCGUUGAUGGCACGCUAUCGGAGUCCUCGACUCUGCUUGUUGGCGAACGAUCGAAUUACGCUCGUAGCAAACUGGAUCAGCUGCACGAGAAAUUAAACAACAAAAUGCAAGCAUUGCAGGCGCUCAAAUCCUCUCUCAAGCCCGAGAGCAAAGUACUCAGUAUAUUGGCGAAAGAGGUCGAAUGGCUGCAAGGUGAAAAACGACAGUUGGAGGCGCAUUUAAAUCACACGGAAAUGUGGGCUGAACAUCUAGGUCACUGGAGAGCCGACGUACAGAGUGCAGAGAUGCCUGAUAACGGGGAUCCUCCGCAAUUUGUACUGGUUGUCCAUAUGGCAGAGGACGAGGACAAUGACGAGAGCAUAUCCAGCGGAUGGGUGGUGUUGAGGAAACUGCAGGACUUUCAAGAUCUUCAUAGAAAAUUACGUCAGUUAUGUUCUAACGUUAAGAGCCUGGACCUACCCUCGCAGCCUCUCAAGUUUUUCGGAAAAUCCGACAAGAGCACCCUCGACAAGGCUAAGAUGCAGAUACAAAAAUAUUUAAAUUUCGUCUUAGAAGAUGAGAGGCUUAAUCAAAGUGAGGCACUGUACGCCUUUCUCAGUCCGAGCUCGGAGCACCUUAAAGCCGUCGUGGCGCCGUCUCCCAAGAAAUCCCGCUUUUCUUUGUCCACGUUAUUCAAAACAUCUGUCGGUAGCCACGAGCUACGCGACAAGGAAGACGAAGAGGAUUAUUCGUUGCUGUUGGACGAUAGCGAGACGGGCCGUACCGGCACCGACAACUAUCUGAAUGCCAGUAAGGAUGCGAUCGCGGAGCCGCUGUACACGCUUCUCGGAGAAGUUUUCGAUUUAAGAGGAGUAUUUCGUUGGCUCAGACGGUCUCUCAUCACCUUCGUACAGAUUACUUACGGACGUACCAUAAAUAGACAAAUCAGAGAUACCGUUGCCUGGGUAUUUUCCGAGCCGAUGCUUCAUUAUUACAUACAAUUAUUUACGAGAUCGUGGUGGCCGAACGGACAGCUCGUGUCCGAAACAGUUCUUCGCACCGACGAGGAAAAGUUGAAAACACGAGGCGAGGCGCGUAGGCAAUUUCUCAACAAUGUACCUGAAGUAUUGACGAAUCUAGUGGGAGCGCAGAGCGCUCAGCGUGGUGCGAUUAAAGUUUUCGAUUCUCUGCAGAACGUGAAUCUGAAUAAACAGUUAUUUUACGAUAUAUUUGAAGUAUUAAUGUACGAAGUAUUUCCAGAACUGCAGCGUAAAUAAUGUUCCUUACCGAAAUAAAGUAUCAAUGUGAUAUUAUAA